ACAAGAAGCUUCGACUUUUGUAGGAAUAUAAAUUUGACACCUCUACACCCACAUCGAAAUAUGGAAAAUUUACUUUACACAGUCGAUAAAAACAACAUAACAGGUUCAAAUUAAUAAACAAUUUGACAAGUGAUAGGAGGGAAUGAAUAUUUGUCGAAAUUUAUUACAAGGUGUUGUUAAACGACCGACUGUAAUUAAUAUUUGUAACUUUACUGUCUCCCAAAUAGUAUUUAAUAAAGAAACUAAAAAUAUGUCGGAAACAAAUAAAGAGGAAUUGAAAAAGCGAUUAACUCCAAUACAGUGGCAUGUCACACAGGAGAAAGGCACUGAGAGACCAUUCACGGGAUGCUACAAUAAAUUUUAUGAAAAAGGAACGUACACAUGCAUCGUCUGUCAUCAGGAAUUAUUUUCAUCGGAAACAAAAUAUGACAGUGGGUGCGGCUGGCCAGCUUUCAAUCAAGUAUUGGAUCAAGGAAAAAUAAAGUUAACUAAAGAUACUUCACAUGUUGGUGGCAAUCUACUAUUGCUGAUCGCAAACCCAGAUAUGGUGCGGACCGAGGUGACCUGUUCAAAGUGUGGAGCUCAUUUAGGCCAUGUCUUCAACGACGGACCCAAGCCAACCAGAAAAAGAUUCUGCAUCAAUUCUGCUUCUAUAAGUUUCCACGAAGCCGGAGAAAAGAAAUCUACAGAGGCCUAAUUUCUCAACAAACAUUUACAAUUCCACCAUAUUAUUAUUAUUACUAUUGUAUUAAGUAUAUUCGCACUUGAUAUUUUUUUUUCCCUUUGAAACAGUAAUUUUCCUCCUCCUUUAUAAAAUAAUAAAAAUUUUUUACAAACUUUUUAAUAAUUAUUAAAUUUGAAUGUCUCAGCAAGUGCAAAUAAACUUGGAGAAAAAAAAAAAAAAAACAUCAAUUGUAUAAGUAACAGAGUUAUUUUAUUUUUUCAUCGACAAUUACGAUGCCAUAGCAUGUAAAUAUUUAUAAAUAAAUAAAUAAUAAUAAUUAUUAUUAUUAUAAGUA